AUGUCUGUUUUAGAAGGCCUGGUCUUUGUCCAGACUCCUGGUUGUCUCCUCAUAUGGACAGUUCUACUGCUGCUACUCCUCUAUUUCCUCUCCUCCAGCCAGGGUUUCCAUGUCCACCACAAGGAGCCUCCAGGACCCAGAGGACUUCCUCUUCUUGGAAACCUGCUGCAGUUGGAUCUGAACAGGCCACACAACACCCUGAUAGAGUUCUCCAAGAAAUAUGGAUCGGUGUUCACAGUUUAUUUUGGACCUGAGAAAGCGGUUGUCCUGGCCGGGUACAAAACAGUCAAACAGGCUCUGGUGGACCAUGCUGAAGAAUUUGGAGGCAGAUACGUUUCCCGUGUUGCUGAUGACAUAAACCAACAACAUGGCAUUUUGUUUUCAAAUGGAGAUAAUUGGAAAGAGAUGAGGCGCUUUGCCCUCUCUAACCUCAGAGAUUAUGGGAUGGGCAAGAAAACAGCAGAGGAGAAAAUCCUAGAAGAAUGCCAGUAUUUGAUAGAGGUGUUUGAGAAGCACAAAGGUCAGCCAUUUGACACAACGCAACCGAUGAACCAUGCUGCUUCCAAUAUAAUCUCAUUUAUUGUGUAUGGCAGCCGAUUUGAAUACAGUGACCCACAGUUUAAAGGAAUGGUGAAUAGAGCAAACGAGAAUAUACGCAUUACUGGAACUGCACCAAUACAGAUCUACAACAUAUUUCCCUGGAUGGGAAAAUGGAUCAAGACUCUUAAACUCCUGAAGAACAAUGUUGAAGUUCAGGCCAAUAAUUUCAGGGACUUAAUCGAUCAACUGAAAACCUCCUUGAACCCAGAGAUGUGCAGAUGUCUCAUCGACUCAUUUCUGAUCCGUAAACAGAAGGAUGAGGACUCCUGUGUAAAAGACUCUCUCUACCAUGAGGAGAAUCUGUUAAAAGUAGUGGGCAACCUUUUUGCUGCUGGAACGGAUACCACAGGAACCACCCUGAGAUGGGCUCUGCUUCUCAUGGCCAAGUAUCCACAAAUUCAAUCUCAGGUCCAGGAGGAGCUGAGAAGGGAGACAGGGAGUCGUCAGGUCAGGGUAGAGGACAGGAAGAAGCUGCCCUACACUGAUGCUGUCAUCCAUGAGACCCAGAGACUGGCUAGCAUUCUCCCUGUGGCCCUUCCUCAUGUCACAACUCAAGAUGUCACCUUGCAGGGAUUCUUCAUCAGAAAGGGGACCACUGUGUAUCCACUACUGACAUCUGUCCUUCAUGAUGACAAUGAAUGGGAAACCCCAAGCACAUUCAACCCUGCACACUUCCUAGACAAGCAGGGGAGAUUUGUGAAGAGAGACGCAUUCAUGCCUUUUUCUGCUGGUCGCCGGGCGUGUCUGGGUGAGGGUCUGGCCAGGAUGGAGCUCUUCCUCUUCUUCACCUCCCUCCUUCAACGCUUCAGAUUCACUCCUCCACCCGGGGUGACGGAGGAGGAGCUGGAUCUGACCCCAGCAGUUGGCUUCACCCUCAAUCCUUCACCCCAUCAGUUGUGUGCUGUCAGCAUUGUCUGAAGAACAGCUACUAUGCAUAAAAAAUGCACAUGUAUUUGAAGAGAAGAAUUAUAGAGCAAACAUGGGUAGCUGA